AUGGCAGACCCAGUCGUAGCCAUCGCCUUUGUCGUGGACACCACUCUGGUGGUUGCCGACUCAUGGGACCAGAUCCUCGCCGAUUAUGUUACACCCUUACUACAUCGCAUGACCGAGAUUUACCACCCUUCGAAACCCACGCUCCUCGUCGCAGUCGUUACCUACAGUACUGCAGAUACGCUCCCGACACCUAUACUCUGCAGGAGGUACUUCAUAAUGGGGCAGGGCAUACUUCCCCAGCUACGUAAGGCGCCCGCGGAUUUCGGGAUUGGACUCGCGAGCGCACCGGAUUCGAGUCCCAUGGCAGUGCUAGAAGGGCUCGCUGCUGCACUCGAGGUCCUCGCCUCUCAACUCUGGCAUAUCGCAGCCGCGCCACCGGAUUCCGCAGCGAAGCCAUGGUGGAAUAUGACAACCAAGUUGGAUGAUGCCUCAUGGGAGACGCUUCCCUCUGAGAUGCGGAAGGUGAACCUUCUGGGCUACAUCGCAGAAUUACUGACUUACGCAUUCACAUUCACCGUACAGAGAGACAUCAGCUAUAGUGCCAUUUUGCUUCGACCGUUACCAAAGCUCCCCGAACUACAUGCGGCAGCGGCAGCAGGGGCGAUACAAAGCCCGUGGUUCGCCGUUAGACAUGGUCAUUCCAUAUACCUCAGCGGUUUCCCAGCGUCUUCGCCGAAAAGUGCCAAGCGAACAGGGGAAGGCAAUACGGCAGUAGAACGUAGUCCGGAGGCCAAAAAAUCGCGCGUGCAGCCGCAGCCUAAUUCAGCUUCUCCACAAACAGGUGGUUCCCCCGCCUCACAGCGGGGCUCGAGCUCUGCCACACGCGUUCUCAGCAGCAAGCAAAUGGAGGACGCGCGUCAAAUCAAAAUCAUGCUCACGCAGAAAAAGGCUCAACUGACAGCGCUCCAGCAGGCGGGGGACCGGGAAGGUGUUGAGGCCGUUGAGCGAGAGCUCCGGGAUAUCAUGUAUGGACUUCGAGAGUCUUAUAUGAAAAGCGUGCAAUCGGGGCAGGGCAACGUGCAGCCUCCCCGCUCGCAACCGCCUGGUGAUGCGACAAAUGCGCAACGUGGGACGGAGGUCUCUGGGAUGCCUCCGUCCACAUCUGCGCCGCAAGUACCGCAGACCGCCCCGCCUGGGCAGUUUCCUGCUCCCCCCCAGAUCGACGUCCCAAUGCCUGAUGCACCCGCUCCUAUGUAUUCCACCCCGCAACCUACCGCUCCGCAACCGCCUCCCUCGCGAACAGGUGUCGCUCAGCCGCCAUCUGUCGCUGCACCCCAAAUCCCACAAAUCCGACCGAAUGAGCCGCCCAGUAGUACUACCCAGAUGUCGAGCAUGGUGGAGCCUCCUGUACAGAAUGGCUCCACGCAGUCAGUACACCAGGUCUGGGAAGGCACGCUCAGCUGGCCCCCCGUUCUCGAUCUCGAUGGACGACCGGGUCAAGUACAAGUCGUCAUGCAGUGUCCGCAACCGGGCCAUGCUGAUCUCUUGCGUACCCUGAACCUGCCAGCUAACCUGAUACUGAUGCCGUCGGCAGAGAAGGCCGUCCCCGUUAACGUGCUCUGGGACUGGAUGCAUCGCUACACGAAUCAUUGCGCCCUCCUCCACUUCACCGCUAAGCCGCCUGGCCCUGACGGGAUAUCUCACGACGAAAACCUCAAACGCUUCUCCCGAGGACUUGUGGAGAAGAGUAUUUAUGCAGUCGCCGGGAUACCUGGGCCGAACGGCCUCCAAGAGAAGAGGAUACUGUUCUUCUCCACCAGGACCGUUCUCGCGGGCACUUUCUUCCUCAUGGCUGGCGGCAUGCCCGAUCCUCCGAAGUCCGAGGUCGCUGGGUAUACGUUGACCCAACUCAACCCAGCCGUGGCACUCUGGCUUUUCCGUCUCACCCCGCAACAACAGCAGGUACUGACGAACAUGCCCAAUGAGAAGCGGAAGGCGAUGGUGCAAGCCAUGAUCGCCCGGCAAGCUCAGCCGGGCAAGAAGACGCCACAGCAGCCAGAGCUAGAGCAGCAACAGCACCCCCAGCCACAACCUCAGCCGCCACAGAUGUCACAGAUGUCGCAAAUGUCCCACAUGUCGCAGAUGCAGCCCUCCACGUCACUGCAGAUGAUGCCACAGGUGCAGGCGCCGGCGCCGGCGCCGGCGCUGCAGCCGCAAGGCACGGAAGCCCGAUUCGCUUUUAACCCGUUCGUAGGCGGUAGACCACCCCCGCUGUCGACUGCACUGGGUCUGACUCAAGGACCCUCGCAGCCGGCGCUUCCGAGCUUUAUGCCAGGUGCGGAUCCCAAUGCACUCAUGCCCCCAGGCGGGAUGAUGCAUCGGCGUACGCCAAGUGCGGGCAGCAUGAGCGGGAUAUCGGGGGUGCCGGGGGUGAGCUAUGAGAUGAUGCAGUCGUUCAUGCAGAGGAAUCAGGAGGGCGGGGGUGGAGGUACGGGUCUGGGCCCGUAG